CCCACCUAGCAGUGAUAUCAUCUUGUCAUGGAGUGCCUGUUUUCCAACAAAAGCAGUUUUGGUGACAGAAAUUGGAACAUUUCUGACUGUUGAUGGAUUCAAAACUUCAGAUGAAAUCAAAUUCCCAUCCACCGUGAUAAAUGGAAUAUUACCUUAUGCUGUCACACAUGUAGCCCUAGGGUAUGACAGCACUUUAUUUUUAAUACAAGGUAGUGUUUUUUUGGUAGUAAGCAGUGGUGUUUACAGACUUGGAGGAAGUACUGUUCCAGAAUCAGGAAUUAAAGGAUUACAGGGAAGAAUGUGGUGUGCAUCUGAAUAUCCAGAAAAAGAAAAGAAUUCUGGAGUCUUAAGUGAAUUUAUCAUGUGGACAGAAGAUGCCAUUUUUCUUGGAAGAGAUGGCAACUUAUUUUUCCGUAUAGUGGAUACAGUAAUGUUAAAGAACCUUCUAGGACUGAGAUCAAACGUUGACAUAGAAGUGAUCAACGCUUGCUAUGAUUCACGUAUUUCUGAAAUCGCUUUCUUGAUAGCCUGCAGUGGGUGUAGUUCCUACUGGAUGUUUCUUCUGGCAGUGUUUGAUGAAGAUGGUCAGUGGUUCUUGAGAGAUUUUUUCAGACCUGCACCUAUAGGUGGAACUUUAGAUAUGAUAGUUGUAAAUUCAGCAGUCUCAUCCAUGCUACUGUGGGACAAUGACAAUGUCUAUUAUUCUUACAAAGAAAACCGAGUUAAUGGGUACGUUAAAGUAUCUGGCACAGACAGAGUGCUAUCUGCAACAUCAGAAAGAACAACUAUUCAACAGAUUAUUGUCGACUAUGGUGGAAACACUAUAAUAAAAAUGAAAAACAACGCCAUGUUCUUCUUAAAAUUUAAAAUGAAAAAUGUUAUAAAGCUCCAUGCUUGGGAAAACGAAAACAAAAACUGUAUCUUGUAUGUGAAUCCAGAGAGUGGCUUUUAUUUGCUGACAAUCAAUGGUUCUAACAUUCAUCGCCAAGUAUAUCCUCUGAGAACUGAAGUACUUAGUGCUACACAAAUUUCACAAGAAGCCUGUCCAUAUAUAUCAUUUCAACACAAUAUGAAAUCAAAUGUUUAUUAUGUGGAUAUGGGAAAGAAUGUGACUUUUUGGAUUCAGAUAGUCUUUCUGGAAAAUCUGGGAUUAUUUACCGAGGUUAUAAUCCACAGAUCAAACUUGCUGAAACAAAAAGCGUAUGUUAAUUACGAAAUAGCCCGUGGUAUUUGUACUAAGAACAAGACAAUAACAUUUUAUCAUGACCAAGAUUACAGUAAAGUAUUCCAUUAUAGAGAUACAUUGCGUAAGUCAGCUGGUAUUAUGACAGUUGAACUGCAACCCUCUUCAACCGGACGACAAUGUACUGCUUUCUCCAAGAUAUCUCAUAUUUAUGUUGGCUGCCCUCCAUCAAAACAUGUAGUCAUUAAAAAACCUUCAAGUUGUAAGAAGCAAAAUUUCACUUUCACAAUACCCAAGGAAUAUCUAUGGAACAGUAAAGAAGACUUGGAAACAAAGUACAAUGAAAAACUAUAUGGUUGCCUGAUACAUGCUUUUUAUGAAACGCCAUUUCGUCCUACUGUUUCCUUAUUUGAACACAAGAAAUUUGUUCAGUUUGUUGAGUCAGAAUAUGUACUGUGGGAGGUUAAUGGCAGGACUGAUUUUUUCUACAAUACAACUAUGACACAGGUACGUUGUGCACAUGAAGCACAGUCUUGGUCUACGAUGAUGACAAUGGGAAGUGGCAGAAACCAAAGCAUCACAGAUAUAGAUGAGCUUUGGGGACCACAUAAUUUCAAAUCUUGUUUUCAAUCUGAACGUGGUGAUCCGGGAAAUUUGAAAUUACCAUAUGAGAUCCUAAACCGUUCUGGCAUUAAUUCCAUCCUUUGGCCUACAGACCAUUAUGGCAUUUACUUGUUCAAACUGAAGAUACUGGACCCAAAUUUCAGUUUUUGUAAUUUUUCUAUAUACUUCGCAGUCCGUACCUACGGCUUCAGUGAAAGCCUAGAUCCUGCUGAGAUAGCUGGCUGGUCUGUGCUUAUCGUAACUCUCUUUUUGGGACUCCUCAUUCUCAGCUACUUCAGAUACGUGAAGAUAUUUCGGGCAGUCAAUUUCAUUGAUCUACCACAGCCAUCACUUCAUUCACAUCUUAGUACAACCCAAAAUGCUGAAGAAAUGAAGAAAGAAGAGUAAUAUAUUCAUCUCCCUUACGUAUUACAAUGUAUAUUAAGGGCAUCUUAAUGUUU